AUGCGUCCAGUAAAAUCGAAGACUUUACUUUUAACUGAGGAACUCGUUAAAGAACGUCAACAACUUAUUGGCGUCAUCUAUGGCCUGGGGAUCGCUCUCGAUGAGUAUUUCACUGUUCAGAACUUGUGCAAGGAAUACGAUACCUUGUACACGAUUCCGCUCGUGACAAAGCUAAAGCAGCUGGGAUAUAACUCUGUGGACGAAAUGCUGAUGAGCUCCGGCUGCUUCGUAACCGCAGUCCUUGAGUCUAAAAAACAUUAUAGAGCGGAUCCACAACGGGGCAGUAAUGCUACUCAGAAAAAUUCUUCUCUUUUCAAAAGGCAGGUGAAGAAGAAGAAAGCGAAAACGCCCAAAAUUGAUACGCCUACAAGGCGUUACUUUCAUAGAGCCAAUUCUAGGCCUCACUCUUUCCUUUGUCGACCAACUGCUUUCGCAGCCGGACUCAUCCAGAAUCAAAAGACUACUCUUCCGAAAGUCCCACAAAAAUCGCUGGAAUGUUUGUCUGUGGAACCGAAAUCGUUGCCAGUUUCAUCUGGCGAACAUCUUACAAUGCCUAAGUUUUGCAGUCGCCUUAUCGAAAUCAUCCUAGACAGGAAACACGACCUAGUUAACCUGAGCACCAUAUCGGAAUUAUAUGAAGAACGAUAUGCCGUGGAAUUUACCACCAAUGAAUACCUGAUACAGGAACAGGUGCUGGCAAAGUCGCGUAGCACAGGAUACAUCGACUGUAGCGGGUCGCGUACCACAAUAUACGUCGAUAGUGGUGGGUACUUACAUCUGAAUCGCGAAGAGGUCAAUGACAAACGAACAGUGACAGCAGAACCAGUACAAGCGUCAUUGAAAGCUGACAUUGGCAAUGAUAUGUCCGAAUCUCCAACAUCGUCGUCAAGCGAAUGCUACGUGGGAAAUUCUGAGGCUGCUGAUUGCGCUUACUUCCCCGUGACAGACGCCGGGAGUAAGACGCGGCGCGAUCUUACGAGGAUAAAAGAGGAACCUCUGGAUCAGGCCUUUAACUGUUAUCUGAAGUUGAAUCGAUCUUGCUAUGAACGCAUAGGUACUGCCGAAGACGACUUGAGUGAUCUGUCUGAUGCUGAAUCCCUCCAAGACCUUUGUGAAAUGCAAAUCACAGUGGCAGAAAAUUCUCAGCCGUCUGGUAAAGCUGUGAAUGUGAACGAAAACGAACAAUACUGCUUCCAUCAUCAGCCAUCAGAGGGAAAUCCAAACAGCACUUUACCUUUUGGAUGCACUCCAUCUUCAGUAUUCACUAUGUCAAACAGUUCAGGGAGUCGAAAAAAAUUGGGGAAAGAAUUCGCAUCAAUAGGAAAAUUUUUCCAAAAAACCGCCUCAAAAAAGAAUUACAAGAAUGCAAGCAAAAAACCCACAUUUGAAAGCAAAUCGUCUGCAAUGAGGCCAUUAAAUGAUGGGAUGAAUGGUGAGAUGUCGGUCUCUAUCAAAACAUCACGUUUUACUUGGUGA